AAGGAUUCAAAGGAGAAACAAGAAGGAUUCAAAGGGGAAUCAAGGAUUCAAAAGAUAAACAGAAAAAACGAAUCAAAGGCAAAAUAGAAGAAGGAAUCAAAGGAGAAACAGCAGAAGGAAUCAGAGAAACAGAAGAACGAAUCAAAGGAGAAACAGAAGGAAUCAUAGGAAAAACAGAAGGAAUGCAAGGAGAAACAGAAGAAGGGAUCCAACGAGAAAUAGAGGAAGGAUCCAAAGGAUCAACAGAAGAAUGAUCCAAAGGAGAAAUAGAAGAAGGAAUCAAAGGAGAAACAGCAGAAGGAAUCAACGGAGUAACAGAAGAAGGAUUAAAAAGACGAUGAAGAAGGAUUCAAAGGAGAAACAGAAGAAGGAAUCAAAGGCAAAUCAGAAGAAGGAACACAAGGAGAAACAGAAUAGAAGGAGAAACAAGGAAAACAACGAGAAACAGAAGGAACCAAAGGAGAAAGAGAAACGGGGAUUCAAAGGAGAAACUGAAAAUCGAAUCAAAGGCAAAACCGAAGAAGGAAUCAUAGGGAAAACAGAAGAAGGAAUCAAAGUUGAAACAGAAGUAGGAAUCAAAGUAGAAACAGAAGAAGGAAUCAAAGGAGAAACAGAAGAAGGAAUCAGAGGAGAAACAAGAAGGAAUCAAAGGAGAAAUAAGAGGAAUCAAAGGUGAAACAGAUGGAAUCAAAGGAGAAACAAGAAAACAAUCAGGAGAAACAGAAUAAAGAAUCAAAAGAAAAACAGAAGAAGAUUUCAAAGGAGAAACAGAAGGAAUCACAGCAGGAA